AUGUCUCCUCGGGAUCAAUCCCUCGAACCGACGCGCUAUGCCAUUGUUCGGUGGUUUCGCUUUGAUCAGUUUGUUCCUGAACGAGCAGUCACCUCCAACUUUGUAUCGUCAAAAACACUGUUAUGGAUCCGUGUUCCUCUCGCGUUAUAUAGCAUCAUUGUUUUCUGGGCAGAUAUCAUUUGGAAUAUUCAAAUUGGCGAAUUCCAUCGUUAUUUUGCCUACUUUACUCAUCUAACUUUCAUCGGUCUUCAUGCCUAUUUCAUGACAACAUUAUACCACCAUGUACGGUACCUAUCUGCAUCUCAUCGACCUUUAUCAUUUCAUCAACAACCCGCUAUUCUCAAUUAUCUGUAUAUCUAUUUGUAUCAUACAUUGGUGACUUUUAACAUUGUUACUCCGGUCGUUUACUGGGCCCUUCUGUCGAAUGACUUUCUCACUGCCACUCACACAGAUCCGAUGGAUUGGUGGAUGACAAUUUCUCUCCAUGCUCUUACCUUCUUUAUGAUGUUGGUCGAUGUCGUAUUCAACCGAAUGGUCCUACAGAUACGCAUUGUAUUGUUGAUUUUUGCCAACACAUUAAUCUAUAUGUGUCUCACCUUUAUUGUUCAUACAAUCAAUGAUUGGUGGGUUUACUCCUUUUUAGACUGGUCGCAAGGGCCCAGCGCCGCCAUCUGGUACCUUGCUGUAGCAACAUUUGUCGUGCUGUGUUUCUUUUUACAAAUGGGGAUUCACGCUUUGCGGGAUUCGAUUGCAAGCCGAGUCGUAGCACGUCCAAGACGGCCGUCCAUGCUUGUAUCCGAUCUCGAAUGUGCUCAAACCAACAAGAAUUUCCAACCGCUCGAAAGCAGCAUCGCCUCGCAAAACUGUUCCGCCAUACAUUAA